CUUUUUCUCUGCUGACAGUAAGAGUCAGGAAAGGAAGGAGUGCUGUUGGGAUUAAUGGCUUUACACUCUCGCUGUCUUUUAUGUCAUUGAAACUUCCUUUCAAAGAACAGGGUGUCUCCUCCCAGUUGGAGACAAUAAGUCAGGACCAAAGAGAGAGAGAGAGAAGGCCUCCCAUUAACCUCUGGAUAAUUAAAGUUCCUGCUUUCUUUCUUUUAUUGCCAGGGCUUUAUUGUUCCAAGAAUAAACAGCUUUCCUCUAUGCACGGAAUACGACACAGAGUGAGUGGGUGACUGAGUGAGUCGGUCUGUCUUGGAAAGAAAGCCCUUUGCCUGCACACCUCUGCGAUGUCUUUGGUGAGGUUCAAGGAGUUUGGGGAAGAGGAGGAGAACUCGGAGGCAGAGAACUUGGACAGCGUCAAGGCCUUGACGGCGAAGCUGAAGCUGCAGACCCGGCGCCCUUCCUACCUGGAGUGGAAGGCCCGAGUGCAAAGCCCCUCCUGGCGGAACGGGCUCAGGACCCUGCCGGAGAAGCAGUGCAGGGAGACGGCCGGGGAGGACUCUCAAGCUCCCGUCCCUUUGAAGACCAUUUGUGGGUUCCCCACCAUUGGUGAUGCCUUGGAGUGGCUCAAGAUGGAGCUGCGGGAGAUGCAGGCCUUGGAUCACCAGUUGGCACGGCAACUAAUGGGCCUGCGUGCUCAGAUCCACCGGCUGAAGGUGGAACAGGCCUGUCACCAACACAAGGAGAUGUUGGACGACGCCACCUUUGAGCUGGAGGGCUGUGAAGAGGACUCUGACCUGCUGUGUAACAUCCCACCCAAGAUGGCGUUCCUCUUGUCCACACCCCUCAAGCACAUUGGCGUCACACGUAUGAACAUCAACUCUCGCCGUUUCUCUCUGUGCUGAGGGGCCUUGCUUGACCCCUCUUCUGAUUGCAUUUUUAAGGCCUGCAACCUUCAGCAAGCAGUACACACACAUAAACCCAUCAAUUGCCAGGGACUCGCACAGCUCAACCUGGCAUAGGUUUUUGGUUAUGGGAUGGAGAGAGCCAGUUUCUCAAAAGGCCAGAAGCUGCCCUGUCUGCAAGUGGUUCUGAGCAACUGCUGACUGCUUUGUAAAAGAAGGCAUUUUUGCUGCAGACAGUAACAGGUGUCUGCCUGGCUAUUGAGUAUCCUGAGAUCCACCAGCCCUCACAAUUGGGGAUGGGAAUGUUCCAGGAUAGGGCCUUCUGAGUUGUCCCCCCUCCCUGUCACAACUUUGGAACGCCUGCCUGGCACCAGAUGUGACGUCCUUUCAUUUCCUUUGCAUUUCCUCAGGCAACUGUACUCCGGCAUUUAUUAUCUCUUCCUGUUGCUCCUGUUAUAUUUUGUAUUAUGUUAUUCUUAAUAUGCGUUAGGCACUCUGAGAGGCUGUUGCCUCAAGAGCAGGUUACAGAUUUUAAAUAAACAGACAAAUAAAAUGUU